UUCUCCUGUUGCACGUGGUGUGCGUGAUUGACUGAUGUUUGCUGCACUGCUGCCAUCUUGGAUCGUGAAGUCGAGUGAGCUGGUGGGGCUGCUCUGACUGGAAGUCUGAACUGAGGAGGCAUUCCAGUUGAAAUGUUUGACUGGGAACUCAAGAAUUCCAGCUGCUGACUUGCACCAUGAGUCAGAGGGUCAACUUUCCAGAGGCCUGCAGAGGGCAGCAGCACCACAGAAUGGGAGCAUCCACACCAGCAAGUGUAGACAGUUUGAAUCCCAGGAGGACUGUGACAGCUGGCAGAUGCCUGUAAAAACUGAUGCCUCUUGGUUCUGCCUCAAAGCAGCCUGCAUCGAGGCAGAACGAAGUAAUUCACUUUGUCACAGCUAUGGAUGCUUUGACUCAAGUGAUACUCAAAUCAGUGCAACACUGGAUGGUGAUGAAAUAUACUAUGCUGACUUUAAAAAAGAUCUUCUGAUUUGGGACAGCAAAAUACCCACAAGUGUUCGUCCUGAGUACGCUUACGAAUCUGCAGUUUUAUUCCGAACUAUGUGCAAAAAUGACAUUGAUAGAUGGAAGCCAGACAAGUCAGUGAUAAAGAAAAAAGAGCCACCACAAAUCAUCAUCUACCCCAGAGAUGAAGUGAUAGCCGGGGAAGAUAAUACCCUCAUCUGCUUCAUCAACUACUUCUUUCCUCCUUCAAUCAAUAUAACGUGGACCAAGAAUGAUGUCGUAGUAAGCGUGGAAGACCCUUUCAUCAAAUGUUUCUCCAAUCCUGAUGGGACCUAUUAUGUUUUCUCCUACCUCGACUUUGUCCCAGAGAAAGGAGACAUCUACAGUUGCACUGUGGAUCAUGAAGCACUGGAGGAACCUCAGACCAGGCUUUGGGAGGUUGAAACUGAUGAGAUUAGCACUGGUCCGGCUGUUUUCUGUGGACUCGGCCUGAGUCUUGGAGUUCUUGGAGUUUUCUCAGGAAUAUUCUUUUUCGUGAAAGCAGGCCACUCUGGUGCUGCCAGAUGAGACGUUCAACACAUUUUCUACAGUGCUCAGAAAAAAUUUCUUUGCAUGUUUAAUGACAAUAAAAUUCUAUUCUAUUCUAUUUUAUUCUAUUCUAUUCUAGAUUGCAAAGUUCUUAGUUUCCUGAAGGCAUGACUUUCAUCUCAAUGGUCUCUUAUUUUCAUCACUGUAUUCUGUAUAUUUUUCAGUACUUUUAAAACUCAUAUAAUAAACACAUACAUACAAUAAUAUAUAACCUGGAGUGGAGGA